GGCGUUCCACCGGAAAGUUCAUCGGAAUGUCAACUAAAGAACUCUACCGGAGAAUUCAGCGUUUGUACAGUUUUCAACCCAAAAUGGCGAGUCACUUUCAUCGCCAAAUGCACACAAUAUCCGACGAAGAAAACUGCGCGUUGAAAGUGCAGACCCUUCUCAAGAAUAAAGCAGAUAAAUCAGUGAGUGACAUUUUUCAAUCUCUAAGUAAUUGCAAUUUCACAUUAUCUGAAGAUUUCAUUCCAAACGUGCUUAAACGGCACCGUUCUGAUUGGAAACCAGCUUUUACCUUCUUCAAAUGGGUAUUAGCUGGUGAAAAUCCAAGUGGGUAUUCACCAAAUACUGAAUCUUUCAAUGAAAUUCUCGAUAUUCUUGGUCGUAUGAGACAUUUUGAUGAACUCAACCAAGUGCUCGACGAAAUGUCUAAGAGAGGAAAUUUGGUUAAUGAAAGAACUUAUGGUAUUGUGAUUAAUAGAUAUGCUGCAGCUCAUAGAGUUGAAGAUGCAAAAGAGUUUUUCUAUAAGAGGAAAAAUUUUGGUUUGAAGCUUGAUCUUAUUGCUUUUCAGACUCUUCUUGUGUGUUUAUGCCGAUACAAACAUGUUGAAGAUGCUGAAUUCUUGUUCCAUAAUAAGAUAAAUGAGUUUAAGGAUAACAUUAAAACGCGGAAUAUUAUUCUGAAUGGAUGGUGUGUUUUGGGGAAUUCACGAGAGGCGAAGAGGUUUUGGAAUGAUAUUGUAACUUCAAAAUGUAAGCCGGAUAAAUUUACAUAUGGGAUAUUCAUCAAUUCACUAUGUAAAUCAGGGAAAAUAAGCAGGGCGGUAGAGUUGUUCCAGACAAUGUGGGAAAAAGGGUGUAAGCCAGAUGUUGCAAUUUGUAAUUGUAUUAUUGAUGGAUUGUGUUUCAAGAAGAGAAUUCCUGAAGCUCUUGAGAUUUUUCAUGAAAUGAAUGAGAGAGAUUGUUUACCUGAUGUUGUAACUUAUAAUUCGUUGAUUAAAAAUUUAUGCAAGAUUAGGAGGAUGGAGAAAGUUUAUGAGCUUUUAGACGAGAUGGAAACGAAGGGAGAGAGUUGUUUGCCAAAUGCUAGAACUUAUGGUUACUUGUUGAAUUCUGCCAAGACGCCUGAGGAAGCUAUUGGGAUUUUGGAAAGGAUGAACGAAAACCAGUGUAAGAUGACUGGAGAUAUUUACAAUUUGUUGUUAAGGUUGUUUAUGAGCUGGGAUAAUCAAGAUCAAGUAAAGAGUACGUGGGAUGAGAUGGAGAGGAGUGGACUAGGACCCGAUCAACGAUCAUAUACAAUUAUGAUUCACGGUCUUUAUGAUGGGGGAAGAUUAGAGGAUGCUUUGUCUUAUUUUAAUGAGAUGAUAUCAAAGAGUAUGGUGCCCGAGCCACAGACGAACAAGUUGGUGGAUGCUAUGAACACGUUAAAGGAGAAAGGAAAGGAAUCGAAGAAGAUGGAAAUAACGAAAAGGGGAAGGAAGGCCAAGAAUACUGGUUAAUACAUGCUCAGCUAAUUAUUUUUCUCUUGGCAUGCUAUGUGUUUACGUUAAACUGAGAAAUGCAAGCACUUGGAGGGGAUUCUUCGGAAUGCUAGCAAACUAAGGUCAGGAAUUUUUUUUGUUAUGUGCCUCACACGACUACACUAGUCGUGUGAGGCUUUUGUGAAAAAAGUGGACCAAACAGUAUAAGAUUUGGGUUCACUUUUUUUGUGAGAUAAAACGAAGCCUCACACAGCUAGUAUCAAUCGUGUGAGGCACGUAAUAAAGUUUUUCCAAGGUUUGUCAGGGGCUCGGGAAUGGCCAUGAGGAAUUUGGAGUGCACUUUUGGCUUGUAACAAGUUUCCUGUGUUCUUAUGCUGAUAUAUGUUGAAAUAAACUUGGAGACAUGAAAAC